UAAUUGCCCCACAAAUGUAACAUUAUUUUCACAUUAAUUACACUCUCAACCUCCUCAUUACCACCUUCCAUUCUUCCCUAUUACUCCCUCUCCAUUCUCCUUCCUCUUCAACAAUGGCUACUGUACUCCAUUAUUACACACUUCUCUCAUUCUUCUUCUUCCUCUUCACUCUUCUAGAAUCUUCCUCACACCCAGACACACCACCAUUACUUGCAUUCAAAUCAUCAACUGAUGUAACAAACUCACUCGACAACUGGAACUCAUCGACCACUCCGUGUACCUGGACCGGCAUUUCAUGUCUCAACAACCGCGUCUCCCGUGUAGUACUCGAAGGGUUUCAACUCAACGGCUCGCUCCAAAACCUUACAAUCUUGAAGGAACUGCGUGUUUUGAGCCUGAAGUAUAACCAUUUUUCCGGUUCACUUCCGAAUUUCUCGAAUCUCUCUGCAUUGAAGCUGCUGUUUCUGAGCCAUAACGAGUUUUCCGGGAAGUUUCCCGAGUCUGUAACGAAGCUUAACAAGCUUUACAGGCUUGAUUUAUCGCAUAAUAGAUUUUCUGGUGAGAUUCCAGUUGAGCUGGUAAAUAGGUUAACUCACUUGUUGACUCUGAGACUCGAGGAAAAUGCGUUUUCCGGUGAGAUAUCUGGAGUUAAUUUAGUUAAUUUACAGGAGUUUAAUGCUUCUGGGAACAGAUUGGUUGGUGCGAUUCCGUUUUCUCUUUCUAGGUUUCCGGUAUCUGCAUUUGGGAAGAACGGGGAUCUUUGUGGUUCUCCGUUGCCGAAAUGCACGAUGACCGAUGUAAAUUCGUCGUCAGGAGGAGCAAUGGCUUCUCCGUUGAGUCCAGCGACGACGAUAGCUUCAUCUCCGAGCUCUUUGCCGGUGAACACACACAAUUUGAGUCCGAAAAAUAGUCGGCGUGGUGGUGGUAAAAUGAGCUCAUUGGCGAUAAUCGCGAUUAUAUUGGGCGAUUUGCUUGUGCUUACUGUGGUGUGCAUUUUGUUGUACUGUUUUUUCUGUACAAGGAAGAACUUAAACGGGUCAGAGUUUCGUGAAGGUGAGAAGAUUGUGUACUCAUCGAGCCCGUAUGGCUCGUAUCAUCCAAAUACGAGUCAAACGGGCGGAUUUGAGAGAGGGAAAAUGGUGUUUUUCGAGGGCGCAAAGAGGUUUGAACUUGAGGAUUUGUUGAGAGCUUCAGCUGAGAUGUUGGGAAAAGGCGGAUUUGGGACGGCUUAUAAGGCGGUAUUAGAUGAUGGAAAUGUUGUAGCUGUUAAGAGAUUGAAAGAAUUGAAUGUUGGUGGUAAAAGGGAAUUUGAGCAACAAAUGGAAGUUUUGGGAAGACUUAGACAUCCAAAUUUGGUUGGCUUGAAAGCAUAUUACUUUGCUAGUGAUGAGAAGUUGUUGGUGUAUGAUUUCAUGAGUAAUGGCAACUUGUUUUGGCUUCUUCAUGGUAACAGAGGGCCUGGAAGAACUCCUUUAGACUGGACAACAAGGUUAAAGAUUGCAGCCGGAGCGGCUCGAGGGCUAGCCUUCAUACACAACUCAUGCAAGUCCUUGAAACUCACUCACGGCAACAUCAAAUCAACUAACAUCCUCAUUGACAAGAGUGGCAAUGCCCGUGUCUCUGACUUCGGCCUAGCCAUCUUCGCCACACCAUCUUCCAUCCCAAAAACCAACGGAUACCGAGCACCUGAAGUAGCAUUGGAUGGUCGUAAAAUAACCCAAAAAUCCGACAUCUACUCAUUCGGGGUCCUAUUACUCGAACUGCUAACAGGGAAAUGCCCCUCGGUCGUGGACAACGGUGGAGGCGUCGCUACCACCUAUGGAGGGGUCCUAGACUUGCCGAGAUGGGUGCAAUCCGUAGUGAGGGAAGAGUGGACCGCGGAGGUAUUCGAUUUGGAGUUGAUGAGGUACAAGGACAUCGAGGAAGAAAUGGUGGGGCUAUUGCAAAUUGCAAUGGCAUGUACUUCAACAUCACCAGAUCAAAGGCCUAAAGUAAAUUAUGUUGUGAAAAUGAUUGAAGAGUUGAGAGGGGUUGAAGUUUCACCUUCUCAUGACACUGCUACUGAUUCUGUUUCUGACUCUCCUGCUGUCUCUGAAGAUAAUACAUGUGGUGCAAGUCAGUAGUGUGACCCUUUAUUCUAAGUUGCGUUGACUCUUCACUUUCGAUGCUGCACCCGUGUCGAAUUCUUCAAAAAUACACUAGUCUCGGCGAAUCCGACACACACCCAUUGACAUUUUUGAAGAGUCCGAGCAACAUAGCAUUUAUUAGCUUAGCUGGUAGUAAAAGUUUUUGGCUUUUUGUUUAUUGUUCUACCACUACGUUAGGGUUCGAGAAAGGGUCGGACCACGAAGCCUGUCUAGUUUAUUACUUCAUUAUUGUGAGUUUUGUAAAUUAACCUCUCUUAGUUUUAAUCCUUUAUCUAUAUGAGAGAAUCUUAGGAGAACAUUUGCAGGAUGAAAUUAUUCUACUUUUUGUCAUUUUU